AUGAUUGUUUGUAGUAGUGGGAAGCACAGAGGCUUGCUCCCUCUGCUACAGAAAGUGCGGGUUUUUUGUUGUAGAGUGAAUGAUCGUAUAUUAUCGGCGAACGGAGUGUCGCUGGAUAACGCCGAAUACGCGGAAGCAGUGAAGAUCAUGAAGGAAUCGCAGCAGCUGAAUAUGAUCGUCAAACGAAGAGUGCCGGUCCCUCUUAUCGAAUAUGAACAGCGUACGCUCAAAUUUACGCUAUCGAAAUCGCGAAAAAAGGAAGAUUUUGGCAUUAUUUUGGGUUGUAAAUUUUAUAUCAAAGAAAUCACAAAUCAUAAGCUUGCUGAAAAGGAUCCGGGUUUGCGUGAAGGCGACACAGUACUGCGAAUAAACGGACAGUCAGUAGAAGGGAUAACAAUUGAAGAAGCAACAAAAUGGCUUUCAAAAAGUCGCGAAAAACUCUCUCUAGUGGUUCAGAGAGAUGUGCGUCGCGAUACCAGCCGGUAAUC